GCUUGAAUUAUCGGUUGACAAAAUAGCCCUCGUAGAAAGUAGUAUCCAAAAUUCCAUCUUUUCCUCCUUGAAUUAUCGGUUACCAAACAGCCCAUGAGGCUGCUACUGUCUCAACCUUUCUCUUGAAUCAAAACCUGCCAAUCUUGCUUUCUAUAAAAAAAAGGUUAAUUUUAUUUAUUUUUUUGUUUUUCUUUUGUUCGAUUUUCAAAAUAAAAAUGGCAACAGCAGCAGCAGCGACAAAGACAAUUUCUCAGAUUUCUUGUUUCUCUUCAAUCAACCGGAGAUUUCAGCUCUAUCAUCGUUCAACUUUUUGUCCGGUUACUCGCUCAAAGUCAUUUGUUGUUACAAGUGUUGAUGGGCAUGGUGCUGAAACUACCGGCAAUCAACUUAAAACUACACCAAGCUAUGUUGCUGGAAAAUCAAAAGCAUUUAUAGAAGAUAUGCCUAAGACAUACCCAAAUGCAGAAGAGCAUGUUCCUGAAAAUACAAGUGAUUUAGAAGAGGAACAUGGUAUCAUCCAACAAAAAAGGGCAGCAAAAAUCCAUGAUUUCUGUUUUGGAAUUCCUUAUGGUGGUCUUGUUCUAAGCGGGGGGCUUAUUGGUUUUAUAUUUUCAAGAAAUACUACUACCUUGCUCUUUGGAGGUGCUUUGCUAGCCCUUAGCACCUUCAGCUUGAAAAUUUGGCGGCAAGGAAAAUCAAGUUUACCGUUCAUACUUGGACAAGCAGAUCUUCAACUUGUAAUGUCAAAGAUGCGAGCUUGGAGAGCAAAACCACCUUAGAGCCUCCUAGGCGAGGCUACUUAAAAGAGGCAACCACUUUAUUGCACCUUUUCUGCUAAAUCAAGGCGCCAAAAAAGCGCACUUCACUGUUUUAGUGAAGUUCCCUCAUUUAUUUAUUUUGUUACUUUAAAAUUCAAAAUACCAUAAAUUACUUUUAUUUUAUUAAUGUAAAAGUUUGCUAUAAGUCUUUAUACUUCGCGUAAGUUGUGGAUUUUAGUCAUUAUACUUUUAAUUUGAUUAAUUUUAGUCCCUAAACUUUUCAAAUUUGUCAAUUUUAGUCACUACUUCUCACAUUGUGAAGUUCUAGUCCUAACUCAAAUGAUAGUCGUCUCUUCAUUUGGUUAAAUUUUGCUAUUAGUCUUGUCCUAUUUGUAAAUUCGUAGAUUUAGUUUCUGCUUUCUUCACCUCCACAACCAAAUACGCAUGCUGCCAAACAAAGGUAAACCAUUUUUUUUUUCCUAUUCUCUAUGCUAUUAUUUCUAUUUUGUUUUUUAUUUUAAAGUGUACUUUGGUGUUUAAGAACAAAUAGAGGAAUGUUUGGUCUGGGUUUGAUUUUGGCUUUGAAGUUCGGAUUGUAAUGCUUCUUUCAUUUUUUUCUAAUUUAUAUUUGGAGCAAAGAUUUUAUAUGCCUUUUAUUUUAUUUUAUUGAGUAGCUAUUAUUAAAAUAAAAAAUUAAUUACAUACGGUACCCACAUGUUAAUUUUUGUUGAGUAGCUGUUAUUAAAAUAAAAAAUUAAUUACAUACGGUACCCACAUGUUAAUUUUUGUUGAGUAGCUGUUACUAGACUUGAACAGUAAUUUGAAUUUGUAAAAUGAAUUAUCUUAAAAUUUAUCAUUUUACCUUACUAGUUAUUAUUUAUUAUUAUUUACUUAUAUUCGAUAAUUUUUCAUAUAUAUUUAUUUAUAUACAUGAGUGUUUAUUUUACUCAAGCGAGCACUUGUUUGUUUCGCCUUAGGUUAUAUAAGAAGUCUUAGUGCCUUGAGUGUAGUUGGUGCCCUUUGACAACACUAUUUUGAGUAACUUUUGUUAGCCUUAGUAACUGCUUCACUUAAUCCGAAAUUUUAGCAACAUCCCCUUCAAAAACCUCAAAAGGAUAUGAGUUAUAAAUAUUGAAAAUUGGGAUUUUAUGCAAAAUCUAAAGACAACUCUGUCACAUGUGUUGGAGCCUAUUUUCUUCAACACCUUACAUGGCUUAAUCUUUUGACUUGUGAUAUGUGCACUUCGAAAAUCUUUCUCACCUCAGAUGUACAAGUACUAAUCCCUUUUCAAACUCCUUAAUAUGGUGAUAUAGAUUAGCUGCAUUAUCAUAAAUCAUGCAUUUGUCAAUGUUUGAGUCCAUAAGCAACUUAAAGUCGUUUUCUUAAUUUUUCUGUUCACGGAGUUGUUGCAUGCAAACUUGGCUUUAGGAAUACCCAAAUCCCAACUCUUCACAUGAUCCUUGAUAGGACACCUAAAUAUAUCUUCUAACCUCCAAUUAACAGCCUCUAUUUGCCCAUCCGUUUGAUUGAUGACAAGUGCUAGAAAAUUUCAAUUGGACCUUUUCUUCCAUGUAGUGUCCUACAACUUUGACAUCCUUCUAAGAAACUAUAGAUGUAGGGACACCAUGUAGCUUGACCAUAAAAACGACUCUACAAUAUGAGGAGCAUCAAAAGUCUUAGAAAAAGGAAUGAAAUGUGCCAUCUUUGAGAAACGAUCCAUCAAAACAAAGAUUGAAUCAUAACCCUUUGCUGUCUUUGGUAAUCUCAGAACAAAUUCCUGUUUAAGUGAAUCGAAGGCACUUCUAGCAUAGGGAGUGGAGUUUACAACCUUGUGUAUUGUGAAUUACACAGAAAAUUUACAAGAACAUGGUGCACCAAGCUUUUCACAUCCUUGUACAUUAAUGGCUAGUAAUACCACUCAAACCCUGAAUCCAUGGUUUUACCUUUUCCAAGGUACCCUCCCAAGCUGUUUCCAAAAGCUCCCUCAUAAAUUGUUUGUGUAAAGAACUUUUGGGAAUGCACAAACAAUUGCCCCUAAACACAUACCCAUCAUGUAAUUGAUAAUGCAAUUUGUUCAUGUCUGGUUGAUCCUUCCAAUUUAGAAAUAAUAGGGUUGAAAUAUGAGUCAGUUUUUUAUUGAUUCGUCAAUUCUUUGAAACUUGUCACUUCAACAGUCAUCGUCGUUAGCAGUGAAGGUCACCUGAUAAAUGCAUUUGCCACAAUAUUAGACUCAUAUGCCUUAUUUUUCACUGAGAAAUUGAAUUCAUUAAGUUAGGAACUCGACUUGGCAUGAUAGUCCUUGAUGUAUACAUAUUUAACUCACCAUUCCAAUGCUUGACCUAAAUGAACACAAAUUGUUGAUAAGUCAAGUAGUGCUUCCAAUGUGGAACAACCCUUACCAAAACAUAAAACUCUGAAUUGUAAGUGGAAUAACGCCUUUUAACAUUAGAUAACUUCUCACUAAAAAUUUCAGUAGGUUUUCUUGGAUGGGAACAGCCCCAAUUCUUACUCGAGAUGCAUCGCAUUUGAUGACAAAUAACUUCUCAAAAUUUCUUGGCUCAUUUCGAUGCUUCUUCAAUCUAGUCACUAAUUGUAACUUAACUCAUCAAGGCAAGCACUAAAUAUGAUUCUUCACAUUCAACCUCAAAUUGUUCAUUAGACGAUAACCCACUAAUCUUGCUACUUUUGGAAGGAUUAGUAGCUACUUUUGCAUCUUUAAAAGGAAUAAGUGUUUGGUUUGGUACAAUGCUCCUUAUCAUGAUCAUACAACCAAGUUCUCACAAAGAUAUGACUCAGAACAUUAGACAAGACUUCAUCAUCUAGAUUAUUUCCCAUACUAAAUUUAACUAAGCGUCUAGAUGUGACAGGAACGACCUCUUUUAAGCCAACAAUUUUUUGCAGGGAUGUGGAUAUUUUUUGUGGGCAACUUCAACUUAUCGACUUGCUCUUUUGGAAUGACAUUCUCUAUGCUACUUCUAUAAAACCUUGCAAUGAACUUUAGUUUGAAAGAUGUUUCACCACCUCCAAAACCUUUAAAUGUUGUCAACAAUACUAACAAUCAAAGACUGUUCUUGAACGGGAUGCACAUCAAUUUAUUCUCUUUCUUCAUCAUUCUCAUCAUAUAUAGGGUCUACUAUAUCAUUCUCUUGCUCUUCCAUCUCAGUUAAGUUCACACUUGUUUGAUACAAGAAUAAGAACCCUGACCUUUCUCUCCACAAGUGAAACAAUUAUGAAAGUUACUGCCAGGCUUAAAAAUAUUCUAUCUACCACUAUUUCCAGCCCUAAAUCUCACCAAAGCCUUCCUCUUUUCACGUGUUUCCUCUGCCAUCUUUGUUCGUAAAGGAAGCCUCACGAUUAUUUCUAAAGGCUGUCUGUUAAUUUUUAACACCUCGAAUAGCUCGAACUCCCCUUUGUGUUACCGCCAUCAAUCCUUUUAGACAUAGGCCAUUAAUGAAGACAUUUUUUCGUGCAUCUUCAAGGUUGAAUAGUCAAACCACUCCCAUCUCAUCCAACUUGGAUAGAGAUAUUGUUAAAUUCAGAAGAACACUCCUCCAUCAACAAUCCCUUUUGCCUUAAUGGAUGGAGCUCAACUCCAUAUCAUAGUCAGCUGGUAGAGAUAUUGUUAAAUUCAAAAGUGCUCUCUUCAAUUCUCUUACACCAUUGAACUGUAAUGCCUUUCAAUUUUAGUUUCACAAGCACCAUCUUCCUAGCCUCUUUCAUUAGUUUCCUCGAAUUAAUUCUCCAAGCUAACUUCCCUAGACAAGGAAUCUUCCGCAUGCAUUUUCCCAUAAAAAUCAGCAACUUCAAUCCCAACUCCAUCCCCAUUUAAUUCAAAGGCAUGAACCAACCACUUCUCCAAUCCACCUUGUACUGCACGAUUUGCGAAUUCAGCAUCAUGAAAGAGGUUUUCUUCAUUAUAAUCAGAUUCAUCAGCAAGACUACCUACAAGUACAUCAAACUAGUUGUGAGCAUCUUCCAUAAUCUCCAUCUGGGCUUUCCAUUCAUUCCUUUCGCGGCCUAGCAUAAAUUGCAUGUAUCAACUCUUCAAUCACAUCUUUCAAAACAAAAAAAAAAAAAAUUCUUCAUUCACACUACUCAUUUCAGCCAAUUCUGUUUGUUGAUCCUGAUUUCCUCUACUGCAUCCAGCCAUGGCUUAAAAAGCAAACCCUAAUUUAAACCCAAAGAUCUAGUCAGGCUCUAGUUCCAAAUUUGGUAUGGUUACAGAGAGAAAACAGUAAAUAAAUAGAAUUUAGG